CCAUAGCAGGAUGAGCGGGAAGGGAGGAGGUGCGGCCCGGACUCCCGAGUCGGGGCGGGGGGGGGUGAUCCCCAUCGUAUGACUCACGUGCAGAGGCGGAGACUCCAUAUCGAAAUCACUACAGGAGAACGGUCUCUUGUUCAGACCGUCCAACGCCGUGGGAAAAUUAACAAGAAUAAAUCAACAUUACAUUAAAAUUUCAAGACCAAGGCAACGCAAUGUUAACAAUGUGAAGAAAAUGUCCGGGAUAAGUCCUGAUUGGGUGGAGAUCCUGGAGCCACGCUCUCGGGAGCGCAUGUACGUGAACCUGGCCACCGGCGAAUGCGGCUGGGACCCUCCUUUAGGCGCUCCUGUUCGUCAGGCUGACGGAAACCAGUGGUGGGAGCUCUUUGACCCCCAGAGCGGCCGCUUCUACUACUACAACUCCGUGGGACGCCAGACUGUCUGGCACCGACCCCAAGGGGGCGACAUAGUUCCCCUCUCCCAGCUACAGGCUAUGAAGCGCUGCUCUGAGGCCAAGAGAGCUGGGGGGACUGUAGAGAGGGACAGGGAGCCUGGAGCAGGGAGCCUGGAGAGUACAGGGAGCCAGGGACGUGGCACCGCUCUUCCAGAGCACCAUGGAGUGGGAAGCCUGGGAAGUACAGGCAGCCAGGGACACCGCACCCCUCGUCCAAAGCAUUAUGGAGUGGGGAGUACAGGCAGCCAGGGACACUGCACCCCUCGUCCAGAGCAUUAUGGAGCGGGGAGUACAGGCAGCCAGGGACACUGCACCCCUCGUCCAGAGCAUUAUGGAGCAGGGAGUACAGGCAGCCAGGGACACCGCACCCCUUGUCCCGAGUAUUAUGGAGCGGGGAGUACAGACAGCCAGGGACACCGCGCCCCUUGUCCAGAGCACCAUGGAGCGGGAAGCCUGGGGAGUACAGGCAGCCAGGGACGCCGCACCCCUCAUCCAGAGCACCUUGGAGCGGGAAGCCUGGGGAGUACAGGCAGCCAGGGACGCCGCACCCCUCAUCCAGAGCACCAUGGAGCAGGGAGCCUGGGGAGUACAGGCAGCCAGGGACGCCGCACCCCUCUUCCAGAGCAGGGUAAGCCCGUCCCCAGAACCCCUGAGAACCCAAGCGAGAGAGAGACCACAGACACAGUGGUGGACAGCAGACCAGCUCAGGAAGACAACAGCUCGGACGAAAGCAAGGAGUCACUGAGGGAGCGCUCUCAGAGAUGGCAGCCUUCCCCAGGGUCUAAGGCAGCCAUGUUGGUUAAAGUGAACAGCGUCAGUCGGAUCCAGCCUGGAGGCCCAUCUAGCCCGGACCUGCAGCUCCGCCACCACAACACACACACCCACACCAAGCCCAACGGCCACCAGGCCUUCACCCUCCUCCCCGUCAGCAGCAAGCCCCCGGGGGCCCACGCCUGCUCCACCCAGGGCUACAAGACCGCACCCUCCGGCAAGAUGGCCACGGACGCCCGGCAGGCCCACCACUUGAGAAAGACCGGCAAUGGCAGCUUCUGUCUGGUGUCCUCUGACCCUCCCCAAACCCCAGGCAGUCACAGGUCCCAGCCCAGCACCCCCAGGUCAGUGUCACCACAGUACGCCUCCACACCUCCCCUCUACGACAACCCGGGAAAAGAGUGUCCCAUCUAUGAUGAGCCUCCUGUGGACAUGGAGGUGGAGGGGGCUCACCUCCAUAAUGGGCCUGGUGGUCUAUCCCGCCUCACCCCCACACACAGCCUGCAAAAGCCCAGGCUCCCCCAGCACCCUGGCUCAUCUCACUCAGAAUCCAGGCACAAGAGGAACCCUUCUGCCUCUGACUACAGCCCUGCUGGCCUGGAGUGCAUCAAGCACAUGGUCGUUGUGGAUCCCAAACAGGGCCUCCUGUCCACCUCCCCCUGUCCCACCCGCAUCCCCUCCCCCACCCCACGAUCAGACCCCCUCUUGGCCCAGCCCCAGUCCCAGCCCCGGGGGCAGCAGAGGGAGCCAGGGACCCUGGAGAAGAAGCAGACAUGGCGGGCCCUGGAGGCCAGUGUGUUGAGGGCAGUGGAGGCUCGCUACAGCAGGCAGAGCAGCCAGGCCUCCCAGGACUUCCCCAUACCUCCAGGCCCCCAGACCACCGCCACCUACCAGGACUCCGGCUACUCCACUGGCCCCUCUCCGAGCCUGAGGAGGAAGAGCCGGCGGAGGGUGGGGGCCGGUGGCCGGCCUGGCUCAGUGGGCAGCAGCGGAGAGCUGUGUGCCCUUAACGAGAGGCUGAUGGCGGAGAUGAGGGAGGUGGUGAGUCGCUCCAACACCAUGAGGGAGAUGAAGGCUGGAGGCCUGGGGGCAGAGAUUGGCGAGAGGGGCGCAGUGCCCCGGACACGUUCCCCUGUGGACUCCCUGAGGUGGUAUGGAGGAGGAGGAAGGUGUGCGUCGCGAGAAGACAUCCCCUCCGCCAGCCGCUCGCUGAGCAGGGUGGGUAAUCAUGGCAAUCCGGCCCUGCCGCCGCUGGAGAUGCCUGGUAGGCAGAAGAGGACCUAUGAGAAGGUGGACACCUUGGAGAAGAGCAUCACCAGUCAGGCCGGCCUCUCCUCACCAGACACCCCCGGACCCCCCUCAGAGGCGGGGACCCUGGAACUGAAGGCUCAGUUGGACAGCAGGAAGAAAGGUAUAGUGGAUGGCCGAACAGGCUCACUGGGCCCACAUCACCAACGCUCCGUCUCCCAUGACAACAGAGAGGGAGUAGAAGGAGGAGGAAUAGGAGGCUCCUACCACCAGCUCUCUUACGCCACUCUGCGCCCGCCCCCAGACACCUCAGGCAUGGCAGACUGGGCCAGCAAGCACCUGAACAUGCACACCCAGGGCCUGUUCCGCCGCCGUGUCUCCAUCGCCAACAUGCUCUCCUGGAACCGCGGCUCCAUCAAGAAGCCCAUGCUGGUAACCAGCGACCGCGCCGUGAGGAAGGAGGCCUGUGAGAUGUUCAAACUGGUCCAGGCCUACAUGGGAGACCGGCCCUCACGGCUGGACCGCCGCCACGCCGCCCUGCUCAUCGUCACCAAGUGCUGGGGCAUGCAGGGCCUGAGGGACGAGCUGUACGUGCAGCUGGUGAGGCAGACCACGGGCAACACCAGCCCUAGGAGCCUGGCUGCAGGCUGGGAGCUGAUGGCUGUCAGCCUGGCCUUCUUCGCCCCCUCUCCCAAGUUCCGCUGCUACCUGGAGGGAUACAUCCAGAGGCACACGGAUCCGAGCAGUGACAAGAAACGUGAGUCUCAGACUGAGCAACAUGUGUCUCAGUUCAUACUAGACCAGCAGGACAUGAAACUGAAGAAGAACUCAAAGUCCAGAAAGAAACGGAAACAGAACACCGAUGAAGAGGGUCUGCCCAUCAGCACGUAUGCCAAGUUCUGCUAUCGCAAACUACAGAAAGUGGCCAUAACUGGAGGCAAAAAGGGUCUUCGUAAGCCCACUCUGGAGGAGAUUGACCACAGCCGACGGGCCAUCGUGACCCCCUCCCUGUUUGGCAGCUCCUUGGAUGAGGUGAUGGAGCGCCAGAGUGAACUCUUCCCAGAUAGGAAGCUACCCUGGGUACAGGUGCAGCUCUCCCAAUACGUCCUGGCACUGGGAGGGGCCCAGGCUGAGGGCAUCUUCAGGGUGCCUGGAGAUAUCGAUGAAGUCAACGCACUGAAGCUCCAGGUAGACCAAUGGCGGAUCCCAGAAAACCUCUCAGACCCCAACGUACCUGCCUCCCUGAUGAAGCUGUGGUAUCGUGAGUUGGAGGAGCCUCUCAUCCCCAUGGCCUUCUACAAGCAGUGUGUCAGUAACUAUGACGACCCUGUGGCAGCCAUUACUGUUGUCCAGUGUCUGCCUGAGCUCAACAGACUGGUGCUGUGCUACUUCAUCCACUUCCUGCAGGUGUUUGCUCAGCCUGCCAAUGUGUCUGUUACUAAGAUGGAUGUCAAUAACCUUGCCAUGGUGAUGGCCCCAAACUGCCUCCGCUGCCAGUCUGAUGACCCACGAAUCAUCUUUGAGAACACACGCAAGGAGAUGUCUUUCCUGCGCAUGCUCAUUGUUCACCUGGACACCAGUUUCAUUGAGGGCGUUGUGUAGGCUGACUCCCUUGACACCACAUGUGCCCCAGGGUCACUGAGAGAUUCACUCUGCUCUGCUGUAUGAAGCCUGCCCCACUCUAUUGACCAGUCACAAAGCACCAACACACACACACUGGAAAUCAUACUGUAACAAUACAGGGUUGAUCAUUUCUGUCUUCAAAGGCAGGGACAUAAGAAGAUAAGAGAGAACCCCGAUGUCUCACCACUGAGUACUGUACGUAACACUGUCACUUGACAUUGGACCCAUCCUCUGUCCUACUUUCUGACUGCAGAACAAUACAUCUGUGCCGACUGCAUAGGCAACAUUGUGUUCUGUGAUGGAACCCCACAAUUAUUGCACCCAAAAAGACUACAAAUUACUUUACAUCAUAGGGACCAGUUUUUAUCCAGUUCAUUUUGAUGACUUAUUUUUAAACUGCAUGUAAAAUCUGAUUUUCCUCCUAAAUGUAUGACUGAAUGUGAAAUGCCAUUGUUUCGUUGCUGGAUAUGUGGGCUGUGCAGGAGGAGUCCCAUAUGGUUUGUACAGGAUGGACAUUCUCGUCAGGAAACAGACCCAGGAUCCCCACCUUAUAUCUACAAAGAAACCAUGUUGCUAUUUGGCCUCUUUUAUCUGUCUGUCUGUAUUUGUAUGUGUGUGUCUGUAUGUGUUCGAGUUUAGAGACUCAGCCUCCAGUUCUUAUUUACAAAUUAGAAGAAUGAGGAAAAAAUGUAUCUCGUUUAAAAAUAAGCUUUCCUGUGAUGUUUUUUGUAGUUGUAUCAACAAGAGACUGCAUCAGUCUCACUGCUAUGUUGGUGAUUUUAUCUGGAGAGAAAAAACUAUACCACCACAGCCAUUUUGAAAUAGGCCUACAGUCUAUAGUCCGACCACAGUAGAGCUAUAGUCUAUAGUCCGACUACAGUAGAGCCACAGUCUAUAUUCAGACUACAGUAGAGCUACAGUUUAUAGUCAGACUACAGUAGAGCUACAGUCUAUAUUCAGACUACAGUAGAGCUACAGUCUAUAGUCUGACUACAGUAGAGCUACAGUCUAUAGUCUGACUACAGUAGAGCUGUAGUCUAUAGUCCGACUACAGUAGAGCUACAGUCUAUAGUCCGACUACAGUAGAGCUACAGUCUAUAGUCUGACUACAGUAGAGCUACAGUCUAUAGUCCGACUACAGUAGAGCUACAGUCUAUAGUCCGACUACAGUAGAGCUACAGUCUAUAGUCCGACUACAGUAGAGCUACAGUCUAUAGUCCGACUACAGUAGAGCUAGUCUAUAGUCCGACUACAGUAGAGCUACAGUCUAUAGUCCGACUACAGUAGAGCUACAGUCUAUAGUCCGACUACAGUAGAGCUACAGUCUAUAGUCCGACUACAGUAGAGCUACAGUCUAUAGUCCGACUACAGUAGAGCUACAGUCUAUAGUCCGACUACAGUAGAGCUACAGUCUAUAGUCCGACUACAGUAGAGCUACAGUCUAUAGUCCGACUACAGUAGAGCUACAGUCUAUAGUCCGACUACAGUAGAGCUACAGUCUAUAGUCAGACUACAGUAGAGCCACAGUCAGAGCUUACAUUUCAAAGUACAAACUGGAAGCAAUAAGACCAUGUGUUUUGGAGUUUGUGUUAAAUGCCCUUUUUAGUGGUCUGCUCAACAGAGUAUGUUCUGCAAUAACAACCCUCUGAUGUUCAACUGCUGAGGAAGGAUGUUAUAAAUGUAUACUGGUACAUGUAUGUACUGUGUGUAUGGGAGAUCUAUUCGGCAGCAGGUAGCCUAGCAGUUCGAGCUUUGGGCCAGUAACCGG